AUGGUUAAGCUUAACUUCCUUAACUUUCCCCAUUCAUUCUCAAUGGUAGUUCUUAACAGUACGGAUGUAAUAUAUUUCCUGCCACUGGUGGACAUUUGGCGCUGGUGGACAUUUGGCGCUGUCCCGAGUUUCCGUUAUUUAGGUUAGGUUAUUACAAUGGUCUUACCUGUCAACAACACUAUCGCGGACCUUCAUAUAGGAUAGGCCUACACUUUUUAGCUGGAUGGUAAAACGCGAUGCUGCUUCAAAACUGAAAUGCAGCCUUUGCACCCCUUAAAUUGUGUGCAGCUCCUGCAACUCACAGACACAAAGUAGUGUUUAUUUCAGCCAGCAUGAAAGUAAGGGUUAUUUUCCCGAGAAAGCUCAAGGUUUCUUUCCGGAGAGGGCCGACUGGGUAUUUGAGGCAAGACCCAUCAGUCGGGGCUAAGAGGAUUAAAGACCACCCUGACCUCCAGGACAAGUCAGCGGCCCAGAAUGAAGACCGGGUGAAAGACAAUGCCAGGUCUGUUGUAUUCAUGAGAGGGGGCGAUAUAUCAGACAAGCAGGAGGUGCUUGGGGAGUAUGUCCUGCAGUUUGGGAAAUACAAGGGAAAGUUAUUCCGGUGGCUUGCAGAGAAUGAUGUAGGGUACGUAAUAUACCUCAUCAAGAAGGUCAGGGAGGAGGAGAGAGCAGGCCAGUUUAAGCCAGAUGGUCCCAAGAAGGACAGCUUGUUGUCACUCCUGCAGUACAGCUACAGCUUCCAGGAGAUCAAGGACCUGCUGCUGUAUCUGGACAGUCAGGUAGUAACACCACCAGCUAAGGAUGACGAGGAUAACCUAGUUGGUUUUGGGGUUCACACGAAGAGGACGUGGAGGGAUGUUUGGAAGCGGAGAGACGAUGGAUUUUCUGCGUUUAUCCUGCGACAGCAGUGUACGCCAGGCAGCAAAAUGUUUAGGCUCCAGGACUACCUGAAGAGGCAGAGUGCUUCUGAGGGACGUGCUUCCUCUGGGCAUGCAACAUCGGCCUCUCAUUGCCCAGCUUUCACAGAAAUGGAGGAUGAUGAUGAGUUGGAGAGGAUGAUGCUCUCUAUAUCCCCAUCCAAACUCCAAGCGGAGGAAGGAGUUGAGGAAUGGGAGAGAAAGAUGCCAGCCACACCUAUUCCAGGCCAUCUUGGUGAGAACAACACACGCACACACACACACACACACACACACACACACACACACACACACACACACACACACACACACACACACACACACACAAACUGUCAAGUUAUAUUGCUGUUUAAUGUUUUGUAAAAUGAUACACGCUUGUUAUCUAACAUUUUUUUCUGCACUGUGCCAUCAGGUUCCCAAGUUGUCGAAGUCCCUGUGGUCAAAGGUUUUAUUCUUACUACAGUACUACUGAUUGUCCGGACAUGAAUUCGGAUCAUCUGUUCUACGUUUAUUUGUUGGUUAAGCCACGUUCUGGCCUGUUUGUUACGCCAUGUUCCGGCCUCUUCUAAUGCCUGUGUUCAAUUGUUCCAUUAACACUGAAGGCAUUAAUAUCUCGUCAUUGAGGUACCUCCGGAGUUGCUUGCCUUGGGGUUGCCUUCAAGCAAGAACACAACAUCAGCGCCAAACACCGUGUUGUGUCAAUCUUUACUCCCUGUGAGGUCAAUGUGUUCCACACCUGCUCGUUCCACAGCACCUGCUGUUGCCACAGCAUCCUCUGCCCUGUCUAGAGUACCUGCUCUGUCGGCGUCGUCAAGGUCGUCUACAGCACCCUCAACAUCAUAUCCACCUCCUGCAGCACCCUCGGCACCAUGUUCACCUGAUCCACCACUCCCAAGGUACGACCAGGAUGUGAUCCGUUGGAACUGCUUUCACCAUCAGAGAAUAUGGAUGAAGACCGAGAUGGAGGCCUUGGGGCUUUGGCCAGGUUCUCGACCGGUGAGACAUCCAAUGAACAUGAUCUCCUUGUGGCGUUACCCACCUCAGCCUGAACUAAUUGACAGUGUUUACAAACUACCAUCGCCCAACUACUUCCAGCUCCAUCCAUUUUUUAUAUGGAAGCCAGAUCACACCAUAAUGGAGCGAGUCAAGAACAAUUACACUCUGCCCUGUCUCUAUGGCUGUGGAAGUCCUUUCAUUGUGUCAUCAGGGGUUGGGCGACCCCGUGUAAUUAUUGGCUUGAGUGGCCAGUAUUAUAUCCUGGCGUCACGGCUCUGUUGCAAAGGAUGCAACAAGUUCUGGCACGCAGACAAGCCGCAAUGGUUGGACAUGUUGCCGAGCCGAUUCACCAAGAUCUUACCAGCUUUCCUUACCUUCAAAAAGGCAAUUUGUAAGACUUUGAUGGAUGAGCUGCGGCGCUAUGGAAAGUCUCCAAAUGACAUGGCCAACCAGUUAAAUGAGGCUCUCCACCUGAAAUAUGAGCGGGCACACUUGGCAUACCUGGAAAGUGUGAAGAACGUGCUGGAUGGAGAGAGUGGACUGUAUGGACAGCGAACCAUCACAGGGGCAUUGAGAGCAACAUCAACUCCUGCUCUAUUUGGUGGGUAUGCGGAUGGGUGGCACGGAGUGAAGUUAUCGGGGCAUUACCUGGUCGAGUGCCUUAUUCAGGAGUUCCACAGACAGGAGGACACCCUUGUUCUCCUCCUCCAAGGCACAUUCGGUCAGGCCUUGAGAGCUGACCACACCAGGAAGGUGGCGCGGAAAGUGGUUCUUGCCUCAGGCACCAUGUCAUCAUAUGCUGUAAUGAAUGAAAAUUGGAUGAUCCUGUCCUGGGUCAUGCUUCAGACAGAGGGGGACAGAUCCUUGGAACACAUGUACGAGGGGCUGUCCUGCCGGUACACCUCUGCAGACAUCCCCAAAGCCAAAUACCAAUGGGUUGACAGGGACUGCUGUGCAGCCUUCAGGGUCGCAAAGUCUGGUCCCCAGGAGCACCUCCUCUGGGACUGCUGGAGAACCACUGAUGAUUUAGUGGCUGAGGCAACUUCAGGGCCCCUCAACAACACCUGUGCAUCCCGCAGCAAGUUCAACAGCGACAUUGACAUCAAGCUGGACCUGUUUCAUUGCAUGCGCCGCCUCUCCAGAGAGUGUGUGUCAGAGCACCAUCCUCUGCACAGCUCCUUUUGCAAGUUUCUUUCUGCAGCUUUCACUAUCAUGGACCAGACAGACCUAGAGAAACUUAAACAGGCAUACGUUUUUUGUGGUAUUGUGCCUGCUAAUCCCACCAAACAGCACACCAAAGAGCAUUGUCGCACCAGGAUACCUGGUCCCCAAGAGCUGCUGGAGAGGGUUGAGCGCGUUUUGCAGCGAUUCCAUUUGGAGUCUGAUCCCGAUGGUAUCCCGCUGUUUAAGCCGUCAAUGUUGACGGUGUGGAGGAUUCAGCGUUUUCACAUACACAGAGGCUGCUUGAGUGACCCAGAGGUUGCAGAGGGAAUCCUUUACAGAUAUGGCGGAACAGUGCAGCUCAACCAUGUCAAGGGAGAGGGAGCUACUGUGCCCCUGUGGAUCCCUGUGAGAGGUACAUCACAGCAGGAGGGGUUCCAUUUCCAUCAAGCAAAAUGGGUGACGGGUAACAAGGUCUCCACAGAACUCUUCCAAGCUCAGGGCAUGAUUGGUGUGGCUCGGUGGAAUUUCAAGCGCCUUGUGGACCUGAAGUUGCCUGAUGUGAAGCUGCCUGCAGUCUUUGAUCCAGUACUGAUGAUGGAGCUGAAUAAGCUCUCUGAAGUGCUGACAGGUCAUGCCAAGUACCCUGCCUUGCGUGUUUCACACACUGACACAGGAGAAAGGUUUGGACUCCAGUAUCUAGAACCUGGCUGUCGUCCUGUCCCGCUGGACUGCAGCAAGCACAAGACCCAGAAGGUUCCUGUUGCAGGAGAGAGAGAGCACCACUCCUCAGAACCGUCUCUUCUCAGUGAGACAUUCACUGAAGACCCAUCUGAGGAGACGAGGGAGGAAUGGCCCAACCCUCACAGCCAUUCAAAGUUCAAGUUCUCCCAGUCCCAGUGA